AUGACUGUGACAGAUGAAUUCAAAAAACAAGUAUCCAAAACAUUUGGUCCCAAGACAGAUUUAUCAGAUGAUGAGUAUAUCAAAUUGCAGACAUUGUUAGAUCUUUUCAAUAAAUCGAUGGACGAUAUUUUUGUAGAAUGGGAAUCAUUCAAUAUCACUGAAGUAAAAGAAGAUCUAGAUUUGAAUUUAAGUAAUUUGAUUAGAUUUCAAGGAUAUUUACAAACUAAACUAGCCAAGAAUUCAACACCUGUAUCGAAAAAGACUAGGGACACCAUUGGAUCGACUUCUAAUAGAAAACAAUUCCGAACCGUGGACAAUCAUCAUUUAACUCCUCAAUUGAAAAAGAGAAAAUUUGAGGAUAAUACUCCUGAAUUUAAAACUCCAGCAGGAAUUCCAGUGUCUUCUCCUACAACGGAUUAUGAAACAGCAAAUAAUACAUUUGUUGGACUCACCACCAACGGUACCCCUACCACCACCACCGCCAAAACUACCCCAUCAAACUCUUUAUUAGAAACAUUAAAUCCACAAAUUGAUGAAAUUACAAUUGAUCAAUUACCCGAGGGAAAAACAUUUAGAUUGAGUACUAAUUUCGAUGCUUCUAAAUUCAAAUUUCGUACCAUGCAAAUGAAAUUAUUAGAAAGUGCCGAUGUUUUAGAUGAUCAAAUUGAUAGAAUGAUAAGUUUAUAUCAAGAUCAAAAUAAAACUGCUGAUUUACAAUUUGGAAACCCUUGUAUGAGUACUCAAUCAGAUAUUCUAUGUUGUGGAAGAAUUGUUCCUGAUAAUCCUUUAUACGAUAAAGAAAUCUUGAACAGUACAUCAUUAUUUUUAGAAACUUCAAGAAUUUCCGGUAUUGGACAAAGAAUACCUCUUGAUUUAAGCAAUUUAUCCAAUUAUUCAUUUUUCCCAGGUCAAAUCGUCGUAUUGAAAGGUAAGAAUCCUUCAGGUAAAUCGUUUAUUGUUGAACAAAACAUGCCAUUGCCUCAAUUAGGUGCACCAGUGACAAGUUCUGAAGAAUUGAAAGAAUUCCAAACGUUACAAAACAAUCAAGGAUUGAAAGUUUUAAUAGCUUCAGGUCCAUUCAGUAAUCUGAACAAAUUGAAUUAUGAUAAAUUGGAUAAAUUAGUUGAUUUAAUCAAUACAAAAAUAUUACCUCAAGUCGUAAUUUUGAAUGGUCCAUUUUUAGAUAUUGGCAAUAAAGUUGUUGAAUCUGGAGAAAUAAUUAUUGAUUCUGACCAAUCACAACCACAACCUAAAACCUUAGAUGAUUUAUUUAAAGCAAUUGUUACACCAGUAUUGAAAAAAAUUGAUUCCAAAAUUCAAGUUAUCUUAUAUCCAAAUUUACGAGAUACAUGUAUUAAACAUUGUUCUUACCCCCAAGAUUCUUUUGAUAGAAAGAAAUUAGGAUUACCAAAAAAUUUUAAAGUUUUCCCUAAUCCAUCUGGAUUUUCAAUUAAUGAAGUUUUAAUUGGUAAUUCCAACUUGGAUAUUUUCAAAGAUUUACGAGAUAUUUACAAAGAAGAUACAGCAAUUAUUUCCAACAAUCGUUUUGAAAGAAUUGUGAAACACAUAUUUGAACAAAGACGUUAUUAUCCGAUUUUCCCAGGAUCAAUCAAAACAGAACCAAAACAGAAGUGUACAGAAUUGCUUAAUGGAGCACAAGGUGAAUAUUUGGAUGGUAUUGCCGUUGGUGGAUCAUCUUUAGAAACACCAUAUUUGGGUUUAUCAGAAUUAGGAGAUUCCUUACCCGAUGUUUUGAUACUACCUUCUGAAUUGAAAUAUUUUGCCAAAGUGAUUCAAGGAGUAAUUGUAAUUAAUCCAGGUAUAUUUAUCAAACCAAGUAAAGAUCCCAAUAGAGAAGAAGGAAGCUAUGCCGUUGUUAAUAUCCAACCACCAAACUUUGAUGCUGAAGAUAAUAUUGAAGCAAUUGAUGAUACCAACACAUUAUACUAUCACAACGUGAAUAAGCGCUCUCGUGUAGAUAUAUAUUCUAGUUAG